ACCUUAUCCAUUAGGCCACAGGGUCUGACAGCCGUGCGAGGAUGUCGCAUGUGAUAUAUUAUUCGACAACAGUUGUAUAGUUAAUUUUUUUUUUUUUGCCGACUCCUGACUAAAGAUAUGACUCAUUUUGCCAAAUAUUGUGUAUCUUUUUCAGAGUCAACAAUCACUUCAGUAUAUGACUUGUUGCUCCCUGGAUUCCUUGAAGAAGUAUAAAUGUUGAGACAACAUGCGUUUCAGGGCAAAGAUAUUUGAUAUUGGAACCAUCGAGCAAUUUACAAGAGUUGCGGGAACAGUAGCCAAACUGACUCAGUUAUGUGUACUGAGAAUAACUUCAGACAGGAUGUAUUUUAUUAUCAAUGAUAAAGUAUCCAAAGGGCAUCUCUGGUGUGAUCUUCAAGCUCUGAAUAUAUUCAGUGAGUUCAGUAUGGAAGGAAUCGCCGAGGAUGCCAAUGAGAUCUUCAUGGAGGUGAAUCCUGAUGACCUCGUGAGGGCGCUAAAGACUGCUCAGACUGCCAAGUCCGUCAAGAUCAAACUCACCAAGAAAUUCAGUCCCUGUUUAUCUCUUGAUGUAGAGUUGCCAUCAAGAACAGGCCACAGCCGAACAAUCACUCAUGAUAUACCUGUCACUGUCAUGCCAAGGAGACAAUGGGAGGAAUAUAGUGAACCAACUCUACCAGAUUUUGAUGCUACCAUUUGUAUGCCACCCUUGAAGGUCAUAAGAACUGUUGCAGAAAGGAUGAAGAAUCUUGGAAGUUAUCUUGAAUUAUCUGCUAACCAGAAUGGUGAGAUGAGAUUAAGAGUGGAGAGUGAGCAGGUCACGGUGUCAACACACUUUAGAAAUCUAGAAAAUCCUAAUUGGGGUGAUGCAGAUUCUCAGAACAGUCAGAGGGACCCGUCUGUUCUUGUUGGAGCUAAAGUGGACAUCAGAAAAUUUAUUCAUUUCUUAUCAGGCCAACAGCUCAACCCAGCCAAGAUCAUUUGUAGCAUUGUAGACAACAGAGUGAUCCACUUCUUUCUGCUUCAUGAGGACUUGUCUAUCCAGUAUAGCAUGCCCAUAAUCUACAAUUGAAGAUUUAGUGCUGACUUGAUGGAUAUCUUCAAACUCUUUGACAGUCAGUGCUGGGUGAUUGAUAUCUUCAAACUCUUGACCAUUCAGCACUGGAUUGAUGGAUAUCUUCAUAGACCUAAACUUCCAGUGUUGACUUGAUGGGUAUCUUCAAAUUGUGACAAUUCAGCGCAACUCUUGACCAUUUCAGUGCUGUCUUGAUGGUGAUCUGUAAACUCUUGACCAUAAGGCACUGAAUUGAUGGAUAUCUUCAAACUUUUGACCAAUCAGCACUGUCUUGAUGGUUAUCUUCAAACACCUGACCAUUCAGUGCUCGCUUGAUGAAUAUCUUCAACUCUUGACCAUUCAGCAAUGACUUGAUGGAUAUCUUCAAACUCUUGACCAUUCAGUACUGUCUUGAUGGAUAUCUUCAAACUGUUGACCAUUCAGUGCUGUCUUGAUGGAUAUCUUCAAACUCUUGGCCAUUCAGCAAUGACUUGAUGGAUAUCUUGUUCGAGAAUUUUUUUUUCUGACUCAGUUGGUAUGUUCAUGCAACCCAGUAUAUCCAGUGCAAUAUUUUCAAGUUCUUAUGAUGGUUUAAAUAAAAUAUAUAGCUGAUAUUGCAAGAGAAGAGGCAGUAAUUUGGCUGUGAUAAUCUUUUUUUAUUGGUAACACCAUCAUAAAAAUAAUGCACAGGUAUAGUGGCAAUGCAGUGGACUUGCUGGUAUUUAAGAGGGUGCAAUAGCUGGCAGCAUACAUUGUAUUAAGUACAACAUAUGAUUCCCCAGUGUUUACAUGGGUGGUGUUUCAUAAAGCUGUACAUAAAAGUUGUGCACAAAUCUAUGCAUGACUUAGGCAGCUACAUAGGAAUCAUGUAGCACGAGAAAGGGUCACAAGUUGUGCAUAAAACCUUCUUACCAUAUGAACAGCUGGGAGCGUCAUGGUCUAGUGGUUAAGACUCUCGUCUUUCAAUCUGAGGGACGUGGGUUCAAAUUCCAGCCAUGGCGUAAUUUCCUUCGGCAAGAAAUUGAUCCACAAGGUGCUGCACUCAACCCAGGUGAGGUGAAUGGGUACUGACAGGAAGUAAGUCCUUAAAAAGCUGUGAGGACUGGAAUCGAUAGACUAGCUUAGCCGGGGUAAUGUAGGAAUGUCUUGAGCACCAAACAAGGUGGAUGUGUGUGCUCCACAACUAUCCUUAUUAUUAUGUAGUACAAGAAAUGGUCACCAGUUGCAUAAGAUUGUAACAUAUUUUGACCAUUCAGUGCUGUCUUGAUGGAUAUCUUCAAACUCUUGGCCAUUCAGCCCCAUGGGCCCGUUUCAUAACGAGUUACAACUGUUGUAACUUUGCCAUUAUGGCAACUACCAUGGCAACCUUGAUUCUGAUUGGCUGCUGAGCCCUGUUACCUUGGUAGUUGCCAUAAUGGCAAAGUUACAACAGUUGCAAGUCCUUUAUGAAACGGGCCCAUAUGAACAGCUUUUUCAAACGGCCCUCUCUCAGUGUUUCACAUUAUUAACAUUUUGUAAAAUUGCCAUCCUUUUGUAAAAUACUGUGAAUUGUUUACUCCUGGUGUUCUACCAUGCUGUACCAUUGGCUUUCUUUCCUGGCAGCAGGCAAUGAUUUUUAUACACAUCUUUAUGAAAAUACAAAAUGAUUAUGAUUUCAUAUACACAAGGUAAUAAAAGGGAAAAUGGGGACAUGGCAUCAUCAGCCCACCUAGUGCAUAUUAAUGACAGUAAGAAAAUAUGUCAGAACUUUAAGAUGAAUAACUUCACCUUUUUUUUACCAAUCUUUGAAUGUUUUUCAACUGUUAGAAAUUAAAUUUGGCAUUUUUUCAUCCAUUAGAAUAAUUUGAAUGUGGCAUCUAUCACCCUCUCUUGGUAAUAUUUUUAUUUUUAUUUGAAAAAGCAUUGUGAGUUCUUACAUUACUUUACAUAUUUAGUAAUUGGAUGCCUAAUAGAAAACUACAAACAAAGAUAAUAUCUUGAAAUUUUCAGCCCAUUUCAUGCUUGAGAAGGUGUUUUAUGUAAACUGGAUGUAAGUACCGAUUACAAAGAUAUUACAUUUUAAUUGGACUCCUGAUCAAAUUCAAUUUGUAUGCAAAAUUUAUCCAAUAAAACACAUUUUCAGUUUAUAUCAUUCACAGUUUUGCACACACCAUACCCAUGGGGGGCAUGUGCAUUGCAUUCAUGCAAUCUUAUAUUGAAUUAGAUUAGUGACAAAAAAAAGAUAAGAUAAAAAACUAAAGAUAUGUAUGUUUUUCAAUUUUCAAUAAUUUUUGCAAUGUUUCUUUUCGUUGCAGGAACAAAUAUAUAAUGUGUUGUUGUUUUGAAAAGUUAUUUAUAAAACAAUUUUGUACCAAAAAUACUGAUGGAAAUACUUGUGUACUAAAUAAAAAUGUGAUUUUUAAUGGAGGAAGUGACCCUUGCAAUAAAUAUACUUCAUUUCACAA